AUGGCGCGCUAUCGUCUCCGGUUGCUUCUAACCCUCCUUCUCGUGCUUUUGUUUGGUGGCCUGUUUUCCUCCUCAUUCCAGCAAUUAUACUACCUCCUCCGGCUCCCCUUUGUUUGGGAAGCCUCCUCCGCCGCCGCAGUCAUCUCGCAAGAAUAUGACCAAUUCGACGUCACAUUUGCUGCCUACGAGGCCAAUUACUCGACUGCCGAUGCAGGACCUGCCCCCUUGAUACCUCCCAUACUGCAUCACAUUCACCUGGGCACCAGACCGCCACGAGCGGAGUGGCUCGAGGCCCGCAAGCUGUGCCUCAAGCAUCAUACCUCCUGGAGUACCUUCAUCUGGAACGAGGACAGUGCAGAGAAGCUGGUACGCGAGGAGUUUCCUCAUCUGCAUGACAUGUGGAAGAGCUAUCCGUACAUGAUCCAGCGGGUUGAUGCGUUGCGGUACAUGAUUCUACAGAAACACGGUGGUGAGUUUACCCCCAGGGAGUGUGAUGGAGCUGACUCGUCAGGCGUGAUCCUCGACUACGACCUGGCAUGCAAACGGUCUCUCGAGCCCCUGCGGCGAUUCGACUUUGUCGCUCCAGCCGCCCACCCCACCGGUUUCUCCAUCGGCAUGAUGCUCUCCUCCCCGGGGAAUCCGUACAUCAAGGCGCUGGUCGAUAAUCUCCCGCUGUACAACCACCGGUGGUUAUACCUCCCCUAUGUGACGGUGAUGUUCAGCACGGGCUGCCACUACGCUUCAACAAUUUACACCCUCCAAUCCAACCGAUCCUCUCUCCGUAUCCUGUCCGGCCCGCCCGACGCACCGCGCAUGCACAUGCUCAACGGGCAGGUCAACACCCCGCUCUUCCGCCACCUGGGCUCGUCCUCCUGGCAUAACCGCGAUGCACGGCUGAUUUCUCUGUUUAAGAAUCUCGAUCAGCGGGCACUGUUUGCGAUCGUGCGCGUGGACGUGGACGCUCUGCGGAUGAAGAGCAAAGCACAGCUGUCUUGA